UUAAAAACCCUACCUUCACGUCCGCUCCGCACUGCGUCGAGUUCAAACUUGAAAACUUAAUUGGUCAGUCCACUCCAAUAGUUGACCACUAAAAACGACCUUCCCUGCAUUUCACCAGAAGUAAACGGCAAGGCGCUGACGCCCACCCCCACCGCCACGCUGCCGGCCGCCCGGCCUGUCGCUGCGCUUUACCUUCUCCAAAACGAGGUUUUUAAAUCCAUCUUUUUCAUCUCUCUCUCUAUCGCGCGCGAUUCGCUUCGCCCAUCCCAAGCCACCUUCUCUUCUGCUCCACCUCUGCGUGUUUCUUGAGAACUGUUCCGCAUCAGAGGCAACCUUUUGGAAAGGUUGCAAUCUCGUUGCGGAUUGAUUCGGUUGCCACGCUCUAGCCCUUUUCUACGGAUUUCGAAUUUCAGUGACUAGCUGAUUCGACUGGUGCUUACAAAAUUUCAUCUUUUUUAUUUUUCCGCAGAGAACGUACCAAAAAAAGAUUGCUUUUUUAAAAUUUUGCCGCGGCUGUCUCUUGAUCCGGUGUCCUAGUUUUACCAGCGCUUACAUGGCCAACGGCGGCGCUAACCUUCGCUGCAACUGCUACAAAGUCCCGGGGCUCUCUAUCCCUAUCCUCGAAACCUCAAGCAUCUCCUACCUAGGCGACCGCUACGUGCUCGGUGAACAGCUUGGGUGGGGUCAGUUCGGCGUGAUCCGCUCUUGCUCCGAUUUGGUCACCGGAGAGAUUCUCGCCUGCAAAUCCAUCGCAAAAGACCGCGUGAUUUCCGCAGAUGACGUCCGCAACGUCAAGCUCGAGAUUGAGAUCAUGAUGCGGCUCUCCGGCCACCCCAACGUCGUCGAUCUCAAGGCCGUGUACGAGGAAGCCGACUAUGUGCAUUUGGUCAUGGAACUCUGUGCCGGCGGGGAGCUCUUCCACCGCCUCGAGAAACACGGCUGCUUUGCUGAGCGAGAGGCCGCUGUCCUCUUCCGGGAACUAAUGGAGGUCGUUAUGUACUGCCAUGAAAACGGGAUUGUUCACCGCGAUCUGAAGCCGGAGAACAUUCUUCUCGCCACCAAUUCAUCAUCUUCUCCAAUAAAGCUCGCGGAUUUUGGCCUUGCUACUUACAUCAAGCCUGGGCAGAGAUUGAGUUGGACUGUGGGUAGCCCUUUUUACAUUGCGCCGGAGGUAUUGGCAGGGGGUUAUAACCAAGCGGCUGACGUUUGGAGUGCUGGUGUUAUUCUAUACAUUCUUCUAAGCGGGAUGCCGCCAUUUUGGGGUAAGACGAAGUCCAGGAUCUUUAAUGCUGUAAGGUCAGCUGAGUUGCUGUUCCCCUCUGAUCCAUGGGAUGAGGUUUCAGAUUCUGCAAAGGAAUUGGUGACCGGAAUGCUUUGCAGGGAUUCAAAUCAGAGAUUCACAGCCAAGCAGGUUGUAGAGCACUCAUGGAUAAAGGAUUAUGCUCAGAAGUUGCAAGGCGUUAAUGUAAAUAGAAUUUUGACAAAUUUUGAACGAGAAGACUCGAGCUCUUCUUUCUCAGCACCAAUCAUGCUGGCGACCAGGGAUUUGAGUUUUAGUUUCAUCCCACCAGUCAACGUGGAAAGCCAGUCAGCUCCUUCUUCACCAACUUUCUGUUUAACACCAUGUUCUCCCUUCCAUGGCAACUCCACUCCUCCCCCGAUCAUUGGAUUCUCCUUCCACAGCUGCAGCCAUUCUAACAGCAUGGAGUUCUCACCUUCAGCUCCAUUGACGCUUAACUUCUCAUUCCUCAGCCCUCCUCCAAUCGAUUUCACAGCCAAUGAACUGAUAGCAAACACAAUUCAAAGAGGCUCCAUUAGUUGUAAGCUGUUAGAAUCUGUUCUGUACAAGGAAGCAGAACUCAGCAACACUUCGAGGGCCAUCAGUCGUCGCAGCAAGAGGAAUCGCACCAUUGGCAUGGGCGAGUUUGAGCAGCUUAAUCUUGUUGUAUCUGAGUCGGUUAUACGUUGGGCCUCCUGCACUCCUCUAAAGGGAGCAAUGUCGCUGCGGUCAUCGCUUGUUUGCUGAUGUUCGUCGCAGAUGAGGGACGAUGUGGUCGCGGCAGCAGCCGGACUGAAGUGUUAGCAUGAUUGUGUUGAUGUGCUGUGGUUUGAAAUUGCCGCAUCGGCUGAGUUUCAGAAUUGGUUUGUGGUUGCUGUGCUGCUAUUUUAUGAGC